AUGCCUCGCCAACGCUCCGGAACCGCUCCCCCUCGCCGCCCGCAGGUCCCGGCAAAGCAAGCCACCGUUGCGCCCGCGCCCGCUUCAUCGCGCCCACACUCGACAGCUGCUGCGCCUGCCCAGCAAGCUACCAGCAGCGCAACACCCCCCGCACAGGCUACUCCCCAAGGACCGGGUCUUUUUGGACAGAUGGCUAGCACCGCUGCUGGGGUCGCAGUAGGCUCCUCUAUCGGCCACGCAGUCGGCGGCUGGUUCAGCGGCGGAUCCUCCGCCCCCGCCGACGCUGCGCCCCAAAACACUGAGUUCGCUGCUCAGCACCAGCCCGCUGGUGCGGCGUCCGCUCAAAUGGCACAGUCGGGACCUUGCGCAAACGAUGUCCAGAGCUUCCGCAAGUGCAUGGACGAGAACCAGGGUAGUUUGACUAUCUGUGGGUGGUAUUUGGACCAGCUCAAGGCGUGUCAGGCAGCGAGCAGCCAAUACUAG